AUGCGGCAGUUGUUCGACGAAGGCGCGGAGCUCGACCGGGUGGACGUGGACGGCAAUACGCUGCUGCACUUGGCCUGCGAGAACGGCCGCGUCAACGCGGCGCAGAUAAUUCUAGACAAAGGCGCGGUGGUCGAUUGCGCGAAUCAGAGUGGUGCGACGCCGCUGAUGUUCGCCUGCUACAAUGGCCGCGUCGAUGCUGCGCAGCUGUUGCUUGACAACGGCGCGGAGGUCGAUCGGGCGAUGAAGGACGGCGCGACGCCGCUAUUCUUCGCCUGCCAGAUGGGCCGCGUCGCCGUGGCGCGGCUCUUGUUAGAUAAAGGCGCGGAGGUCGAUCGGGCGGACGAGGACGGCAUAACGCCGCUAUUCAUCGCCUGUCAGGAGGACCACGUCGACGCGGCGCGGCUGUUGUUAGAUAAAGGUGCGGAGGUCGAUCGGGCGAUGGAGGACGGUGCGGCACCGCUGUUUAUCGCCUGCGAGAACGGCCACGUCGCCGUGGCGCGGCUCUUGUUAGAUAAAGGCGCGGAGGUCAAUCGGGCGAUGGAGGACGGCAUAACGCCGCUAUUCAUCGCCUGCCAGGGGGGCCACGUCGACGCGGCGCGGCUGUUACUGGGCAACGGCGCGGAUGUCGAUCGGGCGGACAAGGAAGGCGAUACGCCACUGAUCAUCGCCUGCUCGAAGUGCCACGUCGACGCGGUGCGGCUCUUGGUGGACAAAGGCGCGAAGGUCGAUCGGGCGACCGAGGACGGUACGACGCCGCUGUUCGUCGCCUGCAUGAAGGGCCACGUCGACGUGGCGCGGCUGUUGCUGGAGAAAGGCGCGGUGGUCGAUCAGGCGAAUAAGAACGGCGCGACGCCGCUGUACGUCGCCUGUCAGGAGGGCCACGUCGACGUGGUGCGGUUGUUGCUGGACAAAGGCGCCGACAUCGAUCGGGGGAGAAAGGACGGUUCGACGCCACUGUCCAUCGCAAAAGAUCAAGGCCACUCGGCCAUCGUCGCGCUGCUCGAAUCCCAGGCCGUCGGUGGCGCCAGUGCAACCGUCACGCCCGACGGUACGCCGCCGGAGAAGAACGCCAGUCCCGCGCCAGCGCCCGCCGCGACCAGUCGGGAGAAGGAGGAAGCGGCAGAGCGAGCGGCGGCGGCACUUCUACGCGAGGAAGAGGAUGAGGCGGCGGCGCGAGCCAAAAAGCAGGCUAGGAAAAGGAAAAAGAAGAAGAAGCGGCGCGGUGCGGCCACCGCCGCUGUGGCCGACGAAGAGAAGAACGACCUGCCCGAUCUCGCGCCGCUCGCGUUCGAAGAAUCGAAAUCGCCGGAGGCCGCCGCGCCGCCGCCGCCGCCCGGAAAAAUUCUCGUCGACGAGGAGACAUACGAUGACGCCGCGGCCCGCGCUGCCGAUUUAGAGACGUCGCUCACGGCGCGCCAGGCCGAGGUCGAGCGCCUGAAGGCGAUUUUGAAGCAGCAGCGGUUGGAAAUUCCAGACGCGUACUUGUGCCCGAUAACGAUGGAUCCCAUGGAAGAUCCCGUCAUCGCCGCCGACGGCCACUCUUACGAGCGGCGAGAAAUCGAGGCCUGGCUCGACCGGGGCAAGCAGAUAUCGCCCAUGACGGGAGCCCCGCUGUCGCACACGCACCUGAUGCCGAAUCACGCCCUGAGGAAGGCGAUCCAGGACUUCCUCGCGGAGAUCCGAAAGUUCGAAUUAUAA